AUGAAUAAACCUUUACGAAAAUCCCACCCUUUAUUAAAAAUUAUAAAUAAUUCAUUAAUUGAUUUACCUACUCCAUUAAAUAUUUCAGCUUGAUGAAAUUUUGGUUCUUUAUUAGGUUUAUGUUUAAUCAUUCAAAUUUUAACUGGAUUAUUUUUAGCAAUACAUUAUACAGCAGAUAUUGAAACAGCUUUUAAUAGUGUAAAUCACAUUUAUCGAGACGUAAAUAAUGGUUGAUUCUUACGAAUUUGUCAUGCUAAUGGAGCAUCUUUUUUUUUUGCUUGUUUAUUUAUUCAUGUAGGACGAGGAGUUUAUUAUAAUUCUUUUUUAUUUAUUCCUACAUGAAUAAUUGGAGUAAUUAUUUUAUUUAUAACAAUAGCAACAGGAUUUUUAGGUUAUGUUUUACCAUGAGGACAAAUAUCUUUUUGAGGAGCAACAGUUAUUACUAACUUAUUAUCAGCAGUACCUUAUUUAGGAAAUGAUUUAGUACAAUGAAUUUGAGGAGGAUUUGCAGUUGAUAAUGCAACAUUAACACGAUUUUUUACUUUUCAUUUUAUUUUACCUUUUAUUAUUUUAGCAUUAACUAUAAUUCACUUAUUAUUUCUACAUCAAACAGGAUCAAAUAAUCCUUUAGGAUUAAAUAGAAAUAUUGAUAAAAUUCCUUUUCACCCCUAUUUUAUUUAUAAAGACUUAAUUGGAUUUAUUAUUUUUAUUUGAAUUUUAAUUACUUUUAUUUGAAAAUUUAAUUAUUUAUUAAUAGACCCAGAAAAUUUUAUCCCUGCCAAUCCAUUAAUUACUCCUGUUCAUAUUCAACCUGAAUGAUAUUUUUUAUUUGCAUAUGCAAUUCUUCGAUCUAUUCCUAAUAAAUUAGGAGGAGUAAUUGCAUUAAUUUUAUCUAUUGCUAUUUUAAUAAUUCUUCCUUUUACACAUAUAAGUAAAUUUCGAGGACUUCAAUUUUAUCCUUUAAAUCAAAUUUUAUUUUGAAAUAUAGUAAUUAUUUGUACUUUAUUAACUUGAAUUGGAGCCCGACCUGUAGAAGAUCCUUAUGUAUUAACAGGACAAAUUUUAACAAUUCUUUAUUUUUUUUAUUUUAUUAUUAAUCCUUUAUUAACAAAAUAUUGAGAUAAACUUUUAAAUUAA